CAAGCAGUGAGUGUGAAAAACGUUUAAGUGACCAAUGCCAGGCAGAGUGAUGCCACCGACAGGGAGGGGAAUGGACAACAAAGGCCCAAAACAAAAAUGGUCACAAGAGGUUGAACAAACAUCUGCUUAUUGUGACAAUUCUCCAGCAAAAAAGAAAAAAGCACAGAGUAGUAAAACACCAGCUUCAUACUCUUCAGAUUUGUUUGAGGCUGAACUUGCAGGUGCAAAUAGAGAGGUCAACAUGCUAUUUUCCAAAUACUCUGAAGUGUUGAGUGAGAGGGCUGCAAUAGAUGCCUCACAAGUUAGGGAGUUGGAAGACAUACUGAUGGAGGCCAGAAACUUGGAGUCACACCUGCAAGAGAAGAAAGAACACUUGAGGCGUAGCUUGGCUCUUAUUUCUGACAAACUACAGGGAUAGACUAGCUACACAGGCCUGCAUGCUACAGACAUUUGUAAAUAUUUCCUCACAGAUCUCAAUCAGUAACAUGUCAGUACUUUUAUUUUUACCUGUAUGUAUGCUUUUUAUGUUGACUGUCUUCACUCUUAAUCCCACACUGGCAAACAAAAUGUGAGUGCCAUUGUGGUUCAUAUCUUUAUAUAUGAGCUAUUUAUUUGUAGCCUACUCUAAACAAUAAAUAGGGUUAAAAGAU